AUGAAUAGAUAAGGAAUUAACUUAGGAAUAUUUCAAACAACUCGCAGAAAAGGAGGAGAUGAGCAAGAGAUUAUCAGUAUAGGUUUGGACUGAGUUAAAGGUCAACAUUAAUUCAACAAACUGAUAAUCCAUUAUUAAGAGUAGUCAUCAAAUAAGAAAUGUGAGGCAGAAGUCAAAUCAAAGGAAAAGAAAUACUCAAAGAAGAAAGAGUUACAGAUGAGCAGAAGAGAUAUAGGAGGCUGAGGAAUGACCUUAUUACAUUUCAUUGGUCUUUAAAAGGAGAGACUUAUGUGAACUAUCUGACACUUUAUCUCAAACCAAUAUGAAAGUAUACAGAGAGACUUUUUAAAGCAACGACUCAAUAGCAUUAGAAAA